AUGAAGGUUGAAAUCGGUGUUUCUUUGGCCCUUGCUUCCCUGAUGGGUGUAGAGGCUUUCAGCGAGCCCUUCUACACUAACCCAAAGCCAUACAGCCAGGAUAUGCUUGAUAACUACAAUCUUCUGAAAUAUACCACCUGGAUGGGGCCCUGGUCCCAACGUCGUGGUGUUGGUCUCAAUCGUGACACUCCUUUGGGUUGCAAAGUUGAUCAGGUCGCAAUGUUGCACCGUCAUGGUGAGCGCUACCCCGACAAGUACGCUGUUGUUGACAUGAACGAAGCCCUUGACAAGCUGACUCCUCACAAGGGUAAACUGAAGGGUGAUCUGGAAUUUCUCAACUACUGGGUUCCUUUUAUCACUCCAGACGGCGGUUUGGUCGCCCAAGAGUCUACCGUAGGUGCCUAUUCGGGUCUUUUGGACGCAUACAACCGCGGUACUAUGUACCGUGCUCGUUACGGGCACUUGUGGGAUCAGGAGUCAAUUGUCCCUAUUUUCACUUCUGGUUAUGAGCGUAUUGUUCAGACAGGCCGCCAUUUUGGUGAGGGCUUCUUCGGAUUCAACUACACCGACUCUGCUGCAAUCAACAUUAUUCCCGAGGUAGCUUCUCAGGGUGCCGACUCACUUGUCCCUGUCUGUCACAUCCCCAACAAUGCCACCGUCUGCGAUGUUCCUGAAUCCGCACGUGCCAAGUCCCCUGACAACCCUCCGUGGAAAUACGAAGAGUUUGGGCGCGCUGCUGCUAGGUUCAAUAGAGCCAACAAAGGAUUGAGCUUGAAUGUGACUGCUGACGAUAUUCCUCAGCUCAUGUCGUUUGCUGCUUUUGAACUCAACGUCCGUGGCUCUUCCCCCUGGGCUAAGGCCUUCACUUCUGAGGAGUGGAUCGCUUUUGAGUACUUGCAAUCUUCCUACUACAACUGCUACUACGGAAACUUUGCUACCAAUACUCCCGCUCGUGGUUCUUUGUACUUGAAUGCUACCCGUGUUCUUUUAAACCAAGGACCUGAGAAUUCGCUGCCCAUGGCCUGGUCUUUUGCCCAUGACAUCAAUAUUACUCCCGUUGUUGCUUUGCUAGGUUUUGCUACUGAUAAGCACUACGACCCCACGAAGGUAACUUUCGGCAACAAAUGGGAUGUCACGGAUAUUACCCCCCAAGGUGCUCACAUUGUUUUCGAGCGUCUUGUCUGCUCUGGUGAUGAAGAUGAUGAAUAUGCUCUAUUGGCUGAGGAAUUCCCCGCCUCAUUCAAUGUUUCUGACACUAAUGCCACCUAUGCCAGCAAUGCUACUUACCCCGGUGUCAAUUCCUCUAUUCACACCGGUGUUAAGGAAAACAUCUACGUGCGUGUCGUUCUUAACGAGGCGGUUGCUCCUCUUCCUGGUUGUGAUUCUGGCCCUGGAAAGUCUUGCAAGUUGAGCGACUUCUCCAAGCUCGUAGACAAAGCUAUUGCGGGUGUCGACUUUGUAAAGACAUGCAACGUGUCUGCCGAUGCUCCUCAGUACCUCAGCUUCUUCUGGGACUACAAUACCACCAACUCUUUGAACUACGACACUAACCCGAUUCCUUACCAGGCUGGUUUGCUUAACGCUGAAGGAAACCCCAUCCAAGAAAGCUAG